AUUUACCACUCCCUUGUAAUCCAAGAAUGUGAAAAGUGGGGCACAAGAAAACUAACGAACUGUGAUCUUCCAAAUUCACAGAUGAAUAACCACAUAAAAGCAAGUGAUAAAGCCAACAAAAGAAGAAGAAAAAGCAAGGAAUAAAGCAUUUGGUAUGAAAAUGAAAGCCCAUCUGUAAAUUUAACGUUAAAUUAUGAAAAAAAGAAGGACCACAUAUAUUAUUGUGGGUACCUUAGAAUUCUAUCCGGAGAGGCCCCCAGAUGAUAGUGAUGAUUUUCCUAGAUUCUUCUUCUACUUCAGUAACGGGUUUGGUGAUCGACCUUCUUCCAAUGGUCAGGAGCCAACAAGGAUGGUAAACCUAUCUAAUCAAACUAUUGGGAAAAUGAGAGGGAGUGAAUUGGUAAUUUGCCAAACCGAGUCACUGGAGCGCCUAAAUAUAAAUUCGAUCAAUACACUGAAUACAGAGUUACAGACUGACACAUUGGACCUUAAAGACGAGGAACAAGAUUACCAAAAUAACACAACUGAGGAAAAAGCUGCCGCAUCAUUCAAUUGCACAGUCCCUACAUAUACAAGCAUUAUUGAGAAGACUAGUUACGUGGAUGCCCCGACACAUUUCUGUAAGAAGCAUCUUCUCCUGAUUACUACAAAUUUAUCCUGAAAAGUUUAGAGGGAAGAACAAGGUCGGAAAGUGAAUGAUGUCAACAGGUAUGAAUUAUUUUGCUUGUUUGAGCACUCGAAAGGAGAACCAAGCUGGCGGAUCACAUUUUUUUGGGAAAUUGUUUACAAUAUGGCAACUUGAGUUGUGACUUGUAAGGUUUAGGGGUCUUUUUUAAUCAGCUAAAUCUGCACAUUUUGGAAAUGGUUAUGUUGUAUUAGGAAGCAGUUGGGUAUUGGAUUAUAAGAUUGUAAAAUAAAACUUCGUGAAACAUAGAAUGCUUAUCUGGUUGUACUACACAGCUUAAAAUCACAUGCUCAGAAAAUUCAUUGGCCUA